AUGGCGGAAAUAGGGAAGACAGUGCUCGACACAGGGUGGUUGGCAGCACGAUCCACUGAGAUCGACCUCAGCGGAGUACAGCUCACCACCACUCACCCUCCCACUGGGCCCACUUCUCCAUGGAUGGAAGCUGUUGUCCCCGGAACUGUUUUGGCGACCCUGGUAAAGAACAAAGUCGUUCCAGAUCCUUUCUAUGGGUUGGAAAAUGAGGCAAUUAUAGACAUUGCUGAUUCAGGAAGAGAAUACUACACAUUCUGGUUUUUCACAACUUUUCAGUGUAAGCUGUUCCUAUCUCAGCAACAGGCUGUUCCAUCUUCCUCCACUGCUAUUUUUGCUCAGUCAGGUAUUGUUUCCACUUGUUUAUUGUUCUCCAAUCGCAAUUUCUGGAUCAUAGACUCUAGCGCUUCUGAUCACAUUACUAGUUUGGGGACUACUAACUUGAGUCCUGAUAUAUCCCUAUCUUCUGAUCUUAAGACAAAGAGGAAGGUUGAUACAGGGCAUGAAGUUGGUGGCCUAUAUUACUUUGAUUUUGAUUCACUUACUUGGGCUCUAUAG